AUGGAGUUUACAAAGAAAACACUCGCUGCAGUAGGUCGUGUGUGGAGGACUAAAGUAAUGAGAUUUGGUGUUUAUAAUAAAGUACUUCCGGUGGAAACCACACAUAGUAGAAGAGUGCCCGAUCACAUUGCAAAACCUGACUAUGUGUUACAAAAUGGAACAUUGCAGAUACCAAAGAGACCUGAAGUUAAAUAUGACAAUCAAAUAAAUGGAAUGAAAGAAAGCUGCAAAUUAGCAGCAUCAAUCUUAAAUCAAUUACAUGCAUUUAUUAAGCCAGGUUUAACAACAGAUGAUAUAGACGAGUUGGUCCACAAUUUUACUAUUGAGGCUGGUGCAUAUCCAUCACCAUUACAUUAUCAAGGCUUUCCAAAGAGUGUGUGCACAUCUGUGAAUAAUGUAGCUGUUCAUGGUAUACCAGACCUUAGGCCACUACAAGAUGGUGAUAUCAUCAACAUAGACAUAACAGUAUUCUUCAAGCAAUACCAUGGCGAUUGUUCAAAAACAUUUCUAGUUGGUAAUGUAGAUGACAAGGGACAAGAACUUGUUCGUGUUACAGAAGAAUGUUUAGAGCUUGGUAUAAGGUGUUGCGGACCAGAUGUACCAUUUUGCCAUAUUGGUUCUAAAAUAUACCGGCAUGCUAAAAGAAACGGUCUCACAGUGUUACCCGCCUUUUUGGGACAUGGUAUUGGGCAAUAUUUUCAUGGACCUCCAGAAAUAUACCAUACAUUAAAUCGAUAUCCUGGACUGAUGAAACCUGGAAUGACAUUCACAAUAGAGCCAGUUCUUUCACACGGAAACGAAAAUACAGUCUUACUGGAAGAUGGAUGGACCAUCAUAACAGAAGAUGGUGCCCGCACUGCACAAGUGGAGCAUACAGUGCUGGUAACUAAGGAUGGUGUAGAGAUACUUACCAAA